AAAAAUUGAGGCUAGUUUGACGUCGGGUCUUGUACAGUUAACAUCAUGGAUAAAAUAAUUUUUGCUAUUAUAUUGUGUCUGUUACCGCUAUCAUUGGCAAAUAUUACGACUGUUGAUGGAAAAAUUAAAAUAACUAUCGGCACAACAUCCGGUUGCAGUGAUACCGUACGUUUUAUUAAUCAACAGUUAGUACCGGCAUUUGAAUUAUACAGCGAAUAUUUGAAAAUCGAAUACGUCCCUUGGGGAAGAACAAGACGCGAUGAUAAUGGUACAUUGAUCUGUCAAUUCGGAGUUAACGAUUGUUGGGCAAAUCGACUACAUAGAUGCGCUCUACAUCUUCUAAAAGGUAACCAAGAAGCACAACUAGAAUAUAUGACAUGUGAAUUUUCAAGCCCUUAUCCAGCAUUCUUACAGAAUAGCUACCAAUGUGCAGAAAACGCCGGAUUAAGUGUCAAUGACAUUGAAAACUGUUUUGCCACAAAUAGUAAUGAUCUGGAAAGUAUAGCAGAAAAUGUGUCGCUUGUACCCAUGCAAGUGAUCAAUUUUGUACCUUUUAUAACCUUUAAUGAUGUUAUUGAUGUGAGCAUACAUAAUCAAGCAAGACAAAAUCUCGUCAAACUUUUGUGUACCGCUUUAGCUAAUGAAUCCUUCACUGGGUUGAAUAUUGCCAACUGUCAAGCAUAGAAUACGAUAAACGUAUUUUGUACAAUCAAUUUCAAUGAAUUAA